AUGUCAAAUCAACCUAAUCAACACGCUAACCAGCCGAGCACGUACCCAUUGCAAGGGAUUACGGCGAAGUACGAUUUCAAGCUCUCGGAUCCAGACUCUAAGCUUAGGGACUUACGGGCUUCCAAGGAGCGCUCCGAUAAACAAACACCAUCCAGCAACGAACUCCAUGCACCCUCUGCCAACGUCGACACGGUGAAAAGAAAGCGAAUUUGGACUUUGGGUGAAGAUGAAGAAAGUACUGGCACAGAAUCGUGCGACGAUAUGAUGGCUAGUGACACUGACACGAAUAGCAUGGUUUCCAAUAACGGAUCGAUUUUGGCAUUGUUGCGGGAGAACAGAUUGAUUCAUCCGCCCAAAAGACGACUCACAACCAGCGAAGCCGUGAAUGAAGCCAUUUUGAAUAGUAUCAGUACUGGCGGGUCCAUUUCUACCCCAAGCACCACAGUCAGCACUGCUGCGAACUCCAUCUCUGGCCCAGCUAGCGCUGUUGUGUCAGGGACAGCUAACAAUGCAAAUUUAACAGAGGUCGUCGUACCUCGAACUCCCACCGCUUUUAACUCUCCAUCCAAUACCCCUAUUUCCGAAAUCGAAGAAGACUCAGACAUUACUGGAGAAAUCGUAAGAGAGGAGGAAGGAGAGCUAAACCAACUGCUUCUGCUUCCCUUACCCUCGCCAAGUGCCUCUCCCGUGCUGUCGUACAAUAAAGAUAUCACCCCAAUUACCAGCACGGAUGCGAACAUAAAUACCACAGACUACCAACUUGUACCAUCGUCAGUUCCUGCUACGCAAGCUGAAUUGCUCCGUAUGAUCGUUGGACUUUCCGGCUACCUUAAUGAGAAGAACAAUAACCAUUUAAUCUUCAAAUUGUUGCAAAACGUCAGAAGAUCAACCCUUUCCUCAUUUAACGACAUCAUUAGACAAAGCUUGAAAAGAGAUUUGAUAUCCAAUUUACCUUUGGAAAUCUCAUACAGCAUAUUGAAAAAAUUGGACUACAAAACAGUUUGUUCCCUCUCAAGAGUAUGUUCUAAUUGGAAUCGCAUAAUAAACAGUACUGGGAUUUGGUCUGAUCUAUUGAAACGCGACAAAUUAGUCACUGGAGAUGAAGAAAUCGAAAGGGAAUUGAAGUAUGAAAGAGACGAAUUAAGUAAGUGGUCUACUAUUCCAAAUUCACCAAACUUAAAUUACGUUCAAUUACUUUUCAAAAAGAGAAGAAUAAUCUUAAAUAGAUGGAUGGAUCCUAAAUACGAACCGAAAAGAAUAAGCGUACCCGGACAUGGUACCAAUGGAUCCAACGUAGUAACUUGUUUACAACAUGACGAUGAGAAGAUUAUCACAGGAGUUGAUGAUAAGCUAAUCAAUAUCAAUAGUUCAAAAACUGGUAAAUUAUUGAAGGUCUUAAAAGGACAUGAAGGUGGGGUUUGGGCGUUGAAGUAUACUGGAAAUACUUUGGUAAGUGGAUCCACCGACAGAACUGUACGAGUUUGGAACAUCAAGACUGGGAAAUGUACUCAAGUGUUUAGAGGUCACACCUCAACAGUGAGAUGUUUAGAUAUAUUACAUCCAGUUAAGAUUGGUACCGAUGAUAAUGGAGAAGAUAUAAUAUUUCCUCAAACACCAUUGUUGGUAACGGGGUCUAGAGACCAUAAUUUGCAUGUUUGGAGAUUGCCAUUAGUUGACGAAGAUGAUACUGAAGAAGACGACGGAAAAUCUGAUCCGAUAGAAGUUGAUACAAGUGGAAGUAAUGCGAAUGAUUUGGACAAUCCAUACUUGGUUGCCGUGUUAUCAGGGCAUACUCAUUCUGUUAGAUCUGUAUCAGGAUAUGGAAAUAUCAUUGUAUCAGGUUCAUACGAUACAACUGUUAGAGUUUGGGACUUGCUAGAUGGAGGUAAAUGUAAGCACAUUUUAGGAGGUCACCAAAACAAAAUAUAUUCUACGGCGUUAGAUUUCUAUAACAAAAGGUGUUACUCGGGUAGCAUGGAUGCUACCAUUAAUGUUUGGGAUUUUGAGAAGGGUAAAUUAUUGUAUACUUUGGAAGGUCACCUGUCUCUUGUUGGACUAUUGGAAUUGUCCAAAGAGUAUCUAGUUUCUGCAGCAGCAGACGCCACUUUAAGAGUUUGGGACCCUGAAACUGGUCGAAACUUGAGUAAAUUAGAGGGUCACACUGCAGCUAUAACCUGCUUCCAACACGACAAUCUUAGGAUCGUUAGUGGGAGCGAAAAGAUGUUAAAACUAUGGGAUAUACAAACUGGAAAAUUUGUUAGAGACUUAUUAGCAGAUAUUACUGGAUGUAUAUGGCAAGUUAGAUUUGACUACUGUCGUUGUGUUGCUGCUGUUGACAGAAGUGCCAAUGAUACCCGCGAGACUUUUAUUGAGAUAGUUGAUUUCAGUACUCCACCAACAUCAUAA